ACCUACCUUCCUAUAUAAACCAGGGCUGCAGGUGAAGUUCUCUCAUCAACAAGAUCACUCAGCAACCAUGAGGUCUCUGGUGUUUGUUCUGCUCAUUGGAGCUGCCUUUGCCUUGGAGGACGACAAGAUCGUCGGAGGGUAUGAGUGCACACCCUACUCUCAGCCCCAUCAGGUGUCUCUGAACUCCGGCUACCACUUCUGCGGUGGCUCCCUGGUCAACGAGAACUGGGUCGUGUCCGCUGCUCACUGCUACAAGUCCCGUAUCCAAGUGCGUCUGGGAGAGCACCACAUCAGCAUCAGCGAGGGAAGCGAGCAGUUCAUCAGCUCCUCCAGCGUCAUCCGCCAUCCCGGCUACAAUGCCUACACCAUCGACAACGACAUCAUGCUGAUCAAGCUCAGCCAGCCCGCCACCCUCAACCAGUACGUGCAGCCUGUGGCUCUGCCCAGUAGCUGCGCUCCUGCUGGCACCAUGUGCAAAGUCUCCGGCUGGGGCAACACCAUGAGCUCCACUGCUGAUAAGAACAAGCUGCAGUGCCUGGACAUCCCCAUCCUGUCCGACAGGGACUGUGAUAACUCCUACCCUGGAAUGAUCACCGAUUCCAUGUUCUGUGCCGGAUACCUGGAGGGAGGCAAGGACUCCUGCCAGGGUGAUUCUGGUGGCCCUGUUGUGUGCAACGGUGAGCUGCAGGGUGUUGUUUCCUGGGGAUAUGGAUGUGCUGAGAGAGACCAUCCCGGUGUCUACGCCAAGGUCUGCCUCUUCAACCAGUGGCUGCAGAACACCAUGUCCAGCUAUUAAACUGGAUCCUUCUAUAGUCAUCUAGCACUGCUGCGUUUCCACCGUCAUUCUCAACAAUGUGCAGACAGUUUGACACCAAUAAAUAAAUUAUAAAACCAUA